CAACUUCCGUUGUAAUUCAGCCAAAUUGGAUACAAAAUGUUACCUAAACUGCCCAUCGUAAUAUUAGUAAUAGUGUUUUUGUACCUGACAUACAGAGUGAUUCCUGUCCAUAAAUUAUUCUUUGGUGGGGGAUGGAAUUCCUUAUGUAAGAAAACAAGCGAAGACACCAAGAACGCGGAAAAUCAAGAAGAGUUUGGAGAUUUGCCGGAGCCAAACGCAAGCGGCGACCAAAGUUUUAAACAUGGAUGCAGAAUAACUGAUAGUGGGAUGGAAUUAAUGAUUAAAGAAUUAGGCGGUCCGUUCAAUGCUGCGUUGGGUUAUGCGUUGGGUGUGAUGAUCUACGCAGCGAUGGAGUGUUUGGUAAAGGCAAUCACACCUUGGAUUGUUAGUUACUUUUCAGUCUUGCUGUUUCGACAAGAGGAACGUAAUAUCCCGGUUCUUCGCAGGCGUACCUCAGUUGGUGCCAAAUACUUCCCGCGACAUUCUGAUGGGACCAGUGAUUUCAGACAUCUUAGACAUUUACUCAAGUAGUCACACGCAUACUUACAUAAUCAUAUAUAU